AUGGCACUGGUCUUGCAGGCCAGCUGGAUUGUUCAGGCCAUCAUGCUGCUGUUGCUGUUGAUUGCUCUGGCCAGCUGGACGGUUAUUUUUAGUAAGUUUAUGGCGUUGCGUCGUAUUCGGCAGGAUAACGCGGCGUUUGAGGCGGCGUUUUGGUCGGGGGCAUCGCUGGCCGAGUUGCAGGGGCAGACGCUGCGUAAUAUUCAGUCCGCAGGUCCAAUGGAGCGUUUGUUUGCCAGCGGUAUGCGCGAGUACACCAAGUUGCGUGAGCGUCGUAUGGUGGAUGCGGCCGUACUUAUGGACAGUACGCAACGUGCGAUGCGCGUGAGCUUGCACCGUGAGGCGGAUGCGGCGGAGGCGCAACUGUCCUUUCUCGCUUCGGUGGCCUCGGUCUCGCCCUAUAUCGGUUUAUUUGGUACG